UUCUUCCAUUACCAGUGAUUCAUGAGAGACGUCAUGCUUAUAAUUAGGGUCCUGACUUUCACCGACAAAAAUAAAAUCCAGUGAAUAGAAUUUCAAAUGGGAAAGUGUAAUUUAUUUAUGUUUUUUCUAUUUGUUCAGCCAAAUACGGUGAAAACGAGCCUAACGGUGACCUCCUCCCUGCCACAACCGCCAUCCCGUGGUGAACUCUCACCAUUCAAACCCUGAACCCCUUUUUACUGAUCCCCACUUCAAAUCAACUUCCACUUCCACACAUAGAGAGAUUUGUAUCUACGUUGGUAGAUACAAAGGGAUUAAACAAAGAAGAACAUGAUUCAAGGUUUUGGAAUUGAAGUCUCUUCUGCUAAACCGAAUCAAUGAAUUCAAAUCCUGAAGACACAGAGAUGAGAAACAAUGACGCUGAUAAACGGCCAUCGCCAAACAAACCCUAUCAAGAAAAAGCACAAGAUACGAAGCUGUGGGGAGUUUUCUUCUUUGGUCUGAUCGGAGCUACAGUCACCAAGUUCCUCUUGAACAGGUCACAGUCAUCAUGGAAAGGUCCAACUGGUGGUUCUUUCAGGUCAAGUUUUCAAGGGGAAGCAAGGAAAAGACAUAACCGUCGAAUGCAGGAGGAGUAUGAAGAGGAAAUGGAGAGAGUGGAACGUAUAAAGCGCAUGCAAAGUGUAUUUAAUAGAGAGAGGAAUAAAAACAAAAGGAGCUACGAGAGCUGGAGGGAAAGUGGUCCAGGUGUGUAUCAUCAACAUUUCCAGCGGGAAGAUUGGUAUUGGAAGACUGAUACAUCAUACAGAGAUCAGAGGACUAAUUUCAGGGGAACUCCUCGAGACAGGGCUAAUUAUGCAUAUUCUCAUCAUUACUCAGUUUUGGGUCUUGACAGGUUGAGAACAAAACCAUACACUGAUGAUGAGAUUAAGACCGCUUUCAGAGCAAAGGCAAAGGAGUUCCACCCAGAUCAGAAUCAGGGUAACAAAGAGUUAGCUGAGGCCAAGUUCAAAGAGGUCAUGACAUCUUAUGAGGCUAUUAAGAUGGAAAGGAAAGACAAUAAGUCGUGAAAUUUGUAAAAAUUGCAGCAUUGAGGAAUGUAGUGUUCCGUGUUAUCUCACCCUUCACCGGUGCUGUUAUUAGUUUUCAGCAAUUCAACGAGACCACUGUAAAACAUUUUCGUGCCAUUUGGCCAUUUUGAUUUUAAUGUUACAUGCUUACACCAACUGAAUCUGGCGUUUUUUUUGAGUCUGAAAGAAAUCAGAGCAUGUGUAUUUAUGUAUAGAAGAAGAAUAAAUCAUCUUUUAUUGGGUGUGCACUCAUGCUUGAUGCUAGUUAAUAGUAACAUUUCACAAUCAGGUCGAAAGCUUUUUAACUCUUGACCAUUGAUCUACGAAAUCAUGUACGUAUUAUGAUUGAGUGGAUUGUUCAAUAUCAUGAUAUGUUUACAGGGUUCUCAUAGAGAUGGAGUCAUGGUGAUUGGAUCAACUUGUUUUUUUUUUUUUUUUUUUUUUUUGAGAAUCAGACUUAGUUUUGUUGUUACUAUUUGAAUUGAUGGAGUCUUGAAAAUCACAAAAUCAAUGAUAACAGAGCUACUUUUAAGAUU